UGCAAUAAUUCUGCUUCAGUGGACAUACAAAAUGAUGCUCUUCGCCGCGAAUCGCGUCCUGUUGACUCGGCCGACGCGCACCGCGACCAUUCGGGCGUUCCAAACAUCGGCUCUGUGCGCGUGGCCCGGCCAGAAUCUCGUCGAGAAGAUUGCUCAAAAGUACGCGACCGAUUUGGCGCCGGGCGAGACUGUGCGCGCAGGCGACUACCUGUCCAUCCAGCCAGAACACGUCAUGACGCACGACAACACGUCGGCCGUCAUGUCCAAGUUUGCCAGCAUCGGAGGCAAGCGCGUGUUCAAUCCGACUCAGAUUGUCUUUACGCUGGAUCACAACGUGCAAGACAAGUCACAAAAGAAUCUGGACAAGUACCGCGCCAUUGAAGAGUUUGCCGCCAAGCACAAGAUUGACUUUUACCCGGCUGGCCGAGGCAUCGGGCACCAGGUCAUGGUCGAAGAAGGCUAUGCGUUCCCCAACACGCUCGUGGUUGCCUCCGACAGCCACUCAAACAUGUACGGCGGAAUCGGCUGCCUGGGCACGCCCGUGGUUCGCACCGACGCAGCUGCCAUCUGGGCCACUGGCAAGACGUGGUGGCAGGUCCCACCGGUGGCGCGAGUGCACUUGACCGGACGCCUGCGACCCGGUGUCACAAGCAAGGACAUCAUCAUCACGCUGUGUGGCGUGUUCAACAAGGAUGAGGUCCUCAACCACGCGAUCGAAUUCACGGGCGAUGGCAUCGAAGGCCUCACCGUCGAAGAUCGCCUGACGAUCGCCAACAUGACCACAGAGUGGGGCGCCCUGGCCGGUGUCUUUCCGGUGGAUGGCGUGACGGUCGACUGGCUCCGCAAGCAGGCCAGCCUCGCCAGCCUUCGCCACAAGCUGGGGGCGCGAACCACCAGUCGUUCGGCGGCCGAGCGGUUUACAACGCAACGUUUACGCGGCGUGCUGGAUCGGCUCAGCCCCGACGCGGAUGCCUUUUACGCCAAAGACCUGUAUCUCGAUCUGGGCUCUGUCUCCUCGCAUGUGUCUGGUCCCAACCACGUCAAGGUCAUGCAGAACGUCGCCUCGUUGGCAGACAAGCGCGUCGCCAUCCACCGCGCCUACAUUGUCUCGUGCGUCAACUCGCGCAUGCCGGAUCUUGCCGCCGCAGCCAGUGUGCUCCGCGGUCGCAAGGUGGCGGAGGGCGUCCGCCUGUAUAUUGCCGCAGCGUCCAGUGAAGUGCAGAAUGCAAGCGAAGCGGCGGGCGACUGGCAGACGCUGGUGGCUGCAGGCGCGACGCCGCUGUCGCCAGGGUGUGGCCCAUGUAUCGGACUGGGCACUGGUCUGUUGGAAGACGGUGAGGUCGGCAUUUCUGCCACCAACCGUAACUUUAAGGGGCGCAUGGGCUCGCGCAACGCUGUCGCGUACCUGGCCUCGCCAGCUGUGGUCGCAGCGUCCGCGGCUGCAGGCUUCAUCUGCGGACCCGAGCAUUUGCAACAAUCCAACGCGUCGGCCAGCAGUGCGUCAAGCGAGCAUGCGCCGCAGUACGGCGUAAUCAGCUCGCUGGUGGUCAAUUCCAAGAGUGGAUCAAGCUCCUCCGUCGCUGCCGCCACAACCACACCAGCCUCUCCAGUCACGGCGCUGAGCGGGUUCCCGACCCAAGUGCGCGGUCGAGUCCUCUUUUGCCACCAAGACAAUCUCAACACUGAUGGAAUUUAUCCCGCUGCAUACACGUACCGGGAAGAUAUGACCCCCGAGCUCCAGGCCAAGGUGGUCAUGGAAAACUACGACCCCCAGUUCGGCGCCAUUGCGCACAGCGGUGACAUUCUUGUUGGCGGAUUCAACUUUGGAACGGGCUCGUCGCGAGAGCAAGCGGCGACAGCCCUGAAGCACAAGGGCAUCGGCCUUGUGGUUGCCGGCUCGUUUUCAGAGACGUACAAGCGCAACGCAGUCAACAAUGGUCUGCUUGCGAUCGAGGCACCCGAGUUGGUGGAGCAUCUCAAAGCCAAGUUUGGCACCACAGCACCAACGGUGCGGCUGGAACUUGAAGCUGUUAUUGACUUUACCGCGGCAACCAUGACCGUUGACGGCCAGGUCUACUCCAUUCCUCGGAUGGGUCUGAUUGCCCAAGAGUUGAUGGUGGUGGGUGGCUUGGAAAACUGGGUCAAAGCCAAGCUCGAGGAUCAAACCGCGGCAGCGGCGCGCAAAUGGCAAUCGGUUUAGAGGCGGCAAUCGGUUGAGAGGCGGCAAUCUCGCCAUCAAAAGCUGCUCUGAUUUCCUUCGUGCGGUUCUUCCAGUGUGUCAAAUACAAUUGUGUAGCAUCCAUA